AUGAAGGAAAAUAACAUGAAAAAAAAACAAAUACGUACUAAACGUACGAAUAAAUUAAAAGUUCUUCGUAUUAACCAUAAAAAAGUCGAAACUGAACCAAAAUAUAAUAUCAAACCUUUCAUUUUCAAUUCCUGGCACAUCAAGUCAUUUACAGAUGACAAAAUAUAUAUUGUGGCUAAAAGUGAAAUGAAAGAGUGUGCCAUGUACUCAGAUGAGUUUACUUGCUCCCUUCCAUGUACAAUAUGUAAAACUUGUUUCCACGAUUUCAUUUGUAGCUGUCAUGAUCACUGUAUUCGAAAUAACAUGUGCAAACACAUUCAUGCAGUCGGUAUGUACAAUCUAAGCUCUGAACAUAACAUACAUUUGGAGAAGGAUAAAGGUAAAAAUAAUUUAGAGAUGGCACAAGACAAAGAGCCUACAGUCAAUCACAAAAAUCAAGAUGAACUCUUGGAUAUCCAUACUCGUCAAGAUGAUCAGGAUGUUGGUAACAAAAAACACGUGCCCAUCACUCUUAAAAGUUUCAUUAGGGAAUUCUAA